GCCCGGGCGAAGAUGGCUGGCGAGCCAGGGCCCGGAAGUGCUGCCUCCCCCGGCUGUGCCGGGGCCAUGGAGCGGGUUCUACCCAUGCUGCUGGUGCGGAUCCCUGCCGAGGAGACGGCGCAGCUGGGACCGCGGGCUCAGCUGCACCGAGAGCUAGAGGCCCUGGGGAGCCUGACGGCUGCGGGCAGUCUCCAAGUGCUUUCCUUGGCGCCGGGCAGUAGGGGUGGAAGCAGCUGCUGCCUCCAAGGCCCCUUUAGGCAGUUCCUGUGGGAGGAGUCUCAGAGCAGCACAUUAACAGACAAGCCCAAACUGGUUGUUGCUAGAGAUGAUUAUGAACUGCUGGUGUAUGAAUUUGACUUGAGAGAUGGAAGAUGUGACGCAGCCUUGUUACACAGCUGCUGUGGGAGGACGCUGCAGAAGCUCACUGAAGAUCAAGGUGUCAGUAUCUCCUUCAAGUCUUUGAGAAUUCUGUCAUUUCACAACGACAUGUCAUUACUGCUCAUCAACAGAUGCCUCAUCCUACGGCUCUUGUUUCCGGGGAGAGACUCUGGGAUUCAAGUGCUAGACUGCCUGUCACUGCCCUUGCCUGCACAGGCAGAGGACAGGAUCUCUGAUGUGCAGCUCUGCAGGAGAUUUCUUUUUGUUCUGAGUACACUAGGCCGGAUUUAUAUUUUUGACACUGUGGGUGGCAUGCAUGUAGCACUUGUGGACUUGGCUCUUCUCAGAGGAGAUUCUGAGCAGCAGGAGCCCGCCAGCAGUUCCUCCUUCACAUCACUGAAAGUGUCUCAGGACUUAGAUGUUUUGGUGCUUGUCAGCUCAUCCAAUACUGCAGUCGCUCUUAACCUACAUCUGUAUUUCAGGCAACACCCAGAACACCUACUAUGUGAAGGCACACUGGCAGACCUUCCUAUUGAAGGGCCUGCAGGAAUAGAUGAAGACGACCUGGUUAACUCUGUCCACAACAUGAACCUGACCACGGUGUCCUUUCAAGUUGAUAGGUCCUGGAGAGCCCAGCUGUCAUCACUGAAUGAAGCAGCGAGGAGCUCCAGGAGCUCUGAACCAGAGGUUUCCUGCUGUGCUCCCUGGUUCCAGAGUGCUUUGUGUUUGGAGUCCCUGGAACCUGGUAACCCCACUCCCAUUGUGCCAAACCACGUUGUCCUUCCAGGGGAUGUCUCGUGUGGCCAAUGUGCUUUUCCUCAGAAGGAACACAUCAAGACCAGGGAUCCAGGAAGGCCAUGGACCACAAUGCACCUGAGUGAACAAGAGCAGCCCACAGAGCUCAAGUGUCUGUCUGUGACGGGAUUUUCGGCACUGUUUACUUGGGCAGUAGGAACAACCAGCUGCACCAUCGUCCUCUGGGACUUGGAGACCCAGAGCACACAGUGUUUUUCUCUCGGCCAAAAGUGUACUCCUGUAGACAUCAGCGGAAACCAGCAGCUGUGCCUUGCUUUGACAGAAAAUGGUCUGUCUCUGAUUUUGUUUGGUUUAACUCAAGAGGAGUUCUUGAACAGACUAAUGAUCCAUGGCAGUGCCAGCACUGUGGACUACCUUUGUCAUCUCAAUGGUUGGGGACGGUGCUCAAUCCCCAUCCACGCUCUAGAGGCUGGCAUAGAAAAUCGUCAGCUGGACACAGUAGAUUUCUUCUUGAAGAGCAAGGAAAAUGUUCUUACUCCAUCUUCAAAAUCUGCUCCUGAUCACCAACACCACUUUUCGUCCCAUCUGUACCUAAGGCAGGUAGAAGAGAUGACCCCAGCCCUGGAUUUACUUUGCUCAGCAAUUAGAGAAAGUGACUCUGAAACCCAAAGCAAACACUUUGCAGAGCAGCUGCUUCACCUCACACUGUCUUUCCUUAACAAGCAAAUAAGAGAGCUUUUUCUCCACACUGAAGAGCUCGAUGAACAUUUACAGAAAGGAGUGGCUAUUUUGACGAGCCACAUCAAUGAACUUCGGACUUUUAUGAUAAAGUUUCCUUGGAAGCCAGGAGAUGCCAUAGAUGAAUCUGAUGUAAAUGAAGAUGUCCUCACAGUGAAGGAGGGCCAGGUUUGGGAGGAACUCAGCUUUGAGGAAGUUAUUGCUGAUGCCAUUUUAAAUAACAGAAUACCAGAGGCACAGACUUUCUUCAGGAAGACUGGUCAUUCCUCUCAGCGACUGGAGGAACUGGUUAGGAUAGGCCUAGAUUUGGCAUUUGACAGUUUGAAAAAGAACAACAUGGAGGAGGCCUCCAGGCUCCUGAGGAACUUGGGCUUCAGUGUGGAAGAUGAGUUGCUUAAGAUAUGCUUUUAUACAACUGAUAAAAACAUACGGGACUUUUUGGUUGAAAUUUUAAAAGAAAAGGAGUGCUUUUCUGAAAAAGAAAGAAGAACUGUAGACUUUGUCCAUCAAAUUGAAACACUUUAUUCAGGAUACUUCCAGGAAAAUGCACAGAUACAGGCUUUCCCCAGGUAUUGGAUAAAGGAACAGGACUGUUUCAAACACAAAUCUGUCUUGGACACACUCCUCAAAUGUGAUAAAAAAGAUGAGUUUAACAAACAGGACCAUAGACUUGCAUUGAAUUGGGCUCACUGGUGGGAUCUGCAAACACAGGAAUGUAUCCUCCUCCCCAGAAUAAGUCUACAAGAAUACAAAGCACGUUCCCCAGAAGCCCUGUGGAGACACCUCACGGCUCGCCAUGACUGGUCAAGCAUCAGCUUGUGGAUGGAAGAAUUUCAGACCCGGGAAACCAUGUCAGCUCAGCAGAGCAAGUGGCCACCUCUGAGUGCCGACAUCAUUGAGCAGAGCACGUGCUGCAACCGUCACAUGAGGAAUGAGAUUUUAGACAAGCUGGCCAGAAGUGGCGUUUUUCUUGCAUCUGAGCUGGAAGACUUUGACCUUCUCCUUCUGAGACUGAGCCGGAUUGGGGGCGUAAUGCAGGACACCCUCCCCGUGCAGAGCUACAAAUGCGAGGCAGGCUGCGACUUCCAUUCCCGAUUCAUCCUCUACUGUUUAGAGCACAGCCUGCAGCAUCUUCUCUACAGCUAUCUUGACUAUUACAGACUCAGUCCUGGAAAUUGUCCUUUUUUGGAAAAGAAAGAACUACAUGAAGCUCACCCUUGGCUUGAAUUUUUGGUUCAGUGUCGGCAAGUUUCCAGUAACUUGACAGAUCCCAAACUGAUCUUUCAGGCUAGCCUUGCAAAUGCUCAGAUUUUGAUUCCCACCAAUCAGGCCAGUGUGAGCAGUAUGCUGUUGGAAGGACACACCCUCUUGGCCCUCGCUACCACCAUGUAUGCUCCUGGGGGUGUCAGCCAGGUCAUUCAGAACGAAGACAGCGAGAACUGUUUGAAGAAAGUGGACCCCCAGCUACUGAAGAUGGCUUUAACACCUUACCCAAAGCUCAAAGCUGCACUCUUCCCACAGUGCACUGCUCCUGGUAUUCUGCCCUCUGAUAUUACACUCUACCACCUCAUUCAGUCCUUGCUACCCUUUGAUCCUAGCAGAUUGUUCGGCUGGCAGUCUGCCAACACACUAGCUAUAGGAGAUACAGCCAGUCAGCUCCCACACUUUUCCAGCCCUGACCUGGUGAAUAAAUACGCUGUAGUGGAACAUCUGAAUUAUGCAUAUUAUUUACAUCAUGGACGCCCAUCAUUUGCCUUUGGUACUUUUCUGGUCCAGGAGUUAAUCAAGAGUAAGACUCCCAAGCAACUGAUCCAACAAGUAGGCAAGGAGGCCUAUACAUUAGGGCUCUCUUCCUUCCACAACCCUUCGGUAGGGGCUGCCUGUGUCUGCUUCUUAGAAUUGCUUGGCCUCAGCAGCCUCAAGCUCAGAGUCGACCUGAAAAUGGCGAAUGUCAUUUUGGUCUCCGAGCGUAGACAUGAAGAUGCUCACUCCGGCUCCAGCAGAGAGUCUCUGGCUGAGAAGCUGUCUAAGCUUGGUGAUGGUGACAGGGCAACCACAGAAGAGCUGCUGCUUCUCUUGGAGGAAGGCGUGUGGAACAGCAUUGAGCAGCAGGGCUUUAGCAGGUUGUCCAGCGAGUCCAGCAGCCAGUGGGCAUUAGUGCUGCAGUUCUGCGUGCUCCAUGAUAUGAAACUGAGCGUGUCCUACCUUAGAGAAUGUGCCAAAGCAAACGAUUGGCUGCAGUUCCUGGUUCACAGCCAGCUCCACAACUUCCACCCAGAAGAGGUGGAAUCUCUUCUUCAGUAUUUCAGUCCUGUCCUUCAGAGCCACUUGAAGCUGGCUUUUGAGAAACUGUCAUCAGGGUCCUUCUCUAGAGACAACAACUGCCUCCAGGAACUCCAGAAAAACAAAGAAGAAACAAGUGAUUUCUUUGAAGUUCUCCAGCGGUGCUCGGAUGAGCCAGCCUCUUGGUGCUGGCUCUUGGCUGAGGCAGUGAAACGUCGGGUUCCUAUUCUCAGUGUCCUGGCCUCCUGUAUCCAGGGUGCCAGUGUUGUCCCUUGUCUCUGUGUUUGGAUUGUCACCUCUGUGGAGGACAAGGUUGCAGCUGAAGCAAUGGGACACAUUCAGGUCUCUAUAGAGGACCAUCAUUGGAGCCUUGGGGACCUGGCCAUCAUCUGGAGAACUGUAUUGACAAGACGGAAGAGCCACACUCUCAUCCGAGGUCUCCGGCUCUUCAUUAAGGAUUCCCCACUUCUAUUGAUUAUGGAGAUGUAUGAACUAUGUAUGUUCUUCAAGAAUUAUGAGAAAGCCAAAGUUAAGCUUGUGGAGUUCCAGAAAAGCCUUGAAACGCUUGACACAGAAGCUACGGGGGUCCUUCCUAUCAUACCUGCCACGUGGAUGAAGGACCAGGUGUGUUUCCUUUUGAAACUUAUGCCACAACAGUGUGAGACGCAGUAUGAGCUGGGGAAACUCCUCCAGCUGUUUGUCGGGACUGAGCAGCUCUUCUGCAAUGGUCCAGACGUGCAGAAGCUCUGUCUCCUCAGCCAAGUCCUGAAGGACACACCUGUGGCCAUCAGCCCUGCAGUCAUUUCUAGCUACAGCGCUGAGCACUUUCAACAGGAAUGUAGCUCUAUUUUGGAGAAGCUGAAGGCAGAUGGACAGUUUGCUGUGGCCAGGAGGGUGGCAGAGUUAGCAGCCCUGCCUGUGGACAGCUUGGUGAUUGAACAGUUAACCCAGGAAAUGCAAACACUAACACACACUCAGCAGUGGUCCCUGAAACAAGCAAGACUUGACUUCUGGAAAAAAUGCCAUGAAAAUUGUAAGAAAAACUCUGUUUCAAACAGAGCAGCCUCUGCCUUCUUCUCCAGCCAGGCCUCUGUGGUGAGUGAACACCCCACUGAGCAGGGCAGCCUUGAGGAACGCCAUCUGCUGCUCACACUGGCAGGCCACUGGCUUGCUCAAGAAGAACUGGAGGAGGACCUGCCCGUGGAGGAACUGGAGGAGCUGGAGAAACAGAUUUGGCUCUGCCGCAUUGCCCGGCACACAUGCGGAGAGGCCGAAGAGGAAACCGAGGCCAGCCUCUCGCAACAGAAGUUGGCUGCUGCUGAACUUUCUUUUGAUAGCUUAGCCAGUGAGUUUUCCUUCUCCAAGCUUGCUGCUUUGAACACAUCCAAAUACUUAGACCUUAAUGGUCUUCCAUCCAAGAAGAUGUGUGAGAACGAACUGGAACAGGAAGAGCAGGAGUCACUGAGCACCCUGAUUGGGCAGCUGCUGGAUGGUGGCUGUGUGCAUGAAGCAAGUAGAGUGUGCCAGUACUUCCGUUUCUACAGUCAGGAUCUUGUGCUGGUGUUGCACUGCAGAGCCUUGGCCUCAGGAGAGGCCAGCAUGGAAGACUUGCACUCAGAGAUCUGUGCUCUCCUCUCAAGUGCCGCACUGCCUGAGGACCCGGAGAGCCCUAACGUCCCUCUUCGGAAAGUCCAUAGCACUUCGAGUUUGGAUAGUCAGUCGUUUGUGAUGGUACCACCUACUGAUGAAAUGGCCAGGAAUCUCCAAGCUCUCAUAAGCAAGUGCCUCCAUGGGAAGAAUUACUGCCGGCAGGUCCUUUGUCUGUAUGAACUUGCCAAGGAGUUGGGCUGUUCCUAUGGAGAUGUUGCUGCCAGGGACAGUGAAGCCAUGCUCCGGACAAUCUUGGCUUCUCAACGGCCUGACCGAUGCAGACAAGCCCAGGUCUUCAUCAACACCCAGGGCCUUGAACCAGACACUGUGGCUGAACUAGUAGCUGAAGAGGUGACACGGGAGCUACUGACUCCAUCAGAGGGAACAGGAGAAAAGCAACCUUUCAACCCAGCAGAGGAAAGCCAGACGUUUCUUCAGCUAACUGCUUUGUGUCAAGACCGUACAUUGGUAGGCAUGAAGUUGUUGGACAAGAUUCCAUCUGUCCCCCACGGGGAGCUGUCCUGCACCACAGAGCUCCUGAUCCUGGCCCAUCACUGCUUCACCUUUACGUGUCAUAUGGAAGGCAUCAUCAGAGUCCUGCAGGCUGCCCGGAUGCUUACAGAUAACCACUUGGCUCCCAACGAGGAGUAUGGAUUAGUGGUACGCCUCCUCACUGGCAUCGGACGGUACAACGAGAUGACAUACAUAUUUGACUUGCUGCAUCAAAAGCAUUAUUUUGAAGUUCUGAUGAGGAAGAAGCUAGAUCCAACCGGCACCCUGAAGACAGCUCUGCUAGACUACAUCAAACGCUGCCGCCCUGGAGACAGCGAAAAGCACAAUAUGAUUGCUCUGUGCUUCAGCAUGUGCCGAGAGAUAGGGGAGAAUCACGAGGCUGCAGCUUGCAUCCAGCUGAAGCUGAUUGAGUCUCAGCCCUGGGAGGAAAGCCUCAAGGAUGGAGCCCAACUAAAACAGCUCCUACUGAAAGCCCUGACUCUGAUGUUGGAUGCAGCGGAGAGUUAUGCCAAGGACUCCUGUGUGCGACAGGCCCUGCACUGUAACCGGCUCACCAAGCUGAUAACACUACAGAUUCACUUUCUCAACAGUGGCCAGAACACAAUGCUUAUCAACUUAGGCCAUCAGAAACUAAUGGACUGUAUCAUGACCCUGCCUCGGUUCUACCAGGCUUCUAUUGUAGCUGAGGCCUAUGACUUUGUUCCUGAUUGGGCUGAAGUACUCUACCAGCAAGUGAUUCUUAAAGGAGACUUUAGUUACUUGGAAGAAUUUAAGCAGCAGAAGUUACUAAGACCCAAUAUAUUUGAAGACAUUUCCAAAAAAUAUAAACAACACCAGCCUACUGACAGGGUCACAGAAAACCUGAAGAAGUUACUUUCAUAUUGUGAAGAUAUCUACCUGUAUUACAAGUUGGCAUAUGAACACAAAUUUUUUGAAAUUGUAAAUAUGCUUCUGAAAGACCCUCAAACAGGAUGCUGUCUUAAAGAUAUGCUCACAGGUUAGAAGAUCUGAAAGGUGCUUGAUUGCUUGUUUGUAACUAUACGGCUCUAAGGGAUGUUCAAUCACAAUAAAGUAUUUGGAGAUCUUUAUCCCCAUUUGAGUUGAAAAGUCCAGAAAUACACCACACUGCAUCAGUCAUUUGUGGCUGUAGGGAAUGGAGGAGAAAUUAGUAUUGAGAUCAAAAUCGUCUUGUUAGAAUGGCUUCUACAUCAGAGAAACAAUAGUGGUUAAAGAACACCUGUACCUGCAGGUUCCAUUUUCAAAGCAAUUUAAUCUUAUUUACACAGUUAAGGAACAGGUGAUACAUUUUCAUGAGUUAGAAACUGAUCUUUCUAUAAUAAAAUAGGUUUUAAUUCA